AUGCCUCUCGUGCGGGAAGCUCCACGAAAUCUCGACGAAGCGCGAAAUUAUCGAUAUGACUUUUGGAGCACUCAACCGGUACCCCAAUUUGAUGAAAUUGUUGAAGAGAACACGUUUAUUCUGGCUGAUCGAGAGCCCGAUCAGAUUUCAGUCCAACCACUCACUUUGCCGGCCAAUCUUAAAUGGAGUGACGUCGAUUUAAGGGAUGACGACCAGUUGAGUGAACUCUACGUUUUCCUCAGGGACCACUAUGUGGAAGAUGACGAUAACAUGUUUCGUUUCGACUACUCUCUCGAGUUUCUGCGAUGGGCUUUGCUCACACCAGGCAGCUUUCCGCAAUGGUACUGUGGCAUUCGGUGUUCGUCGAGCAACGCAUUGGUUGCUUUCUUCUCGGCAGUUCUACAGAAAAUUCGAAUCUACGAUAAAAUCAAAUCAAUGGUCGAAUUGAACUUCCUGUGUGUUCAUUCAAAAUUUCGUCGACUCCGACUCACGCCUUUGCUUUAUCAAGAAAUCAUGCGUCGCGCGAACCGAGAAGGGAUCUUUCAGGCGGCCUUUACAUCAGGGACGAUCAUCCCAAGACCGUAUGCCGUGUGUCGCUACUAUCACCGGAGUCUCAAUCCAAAGAAGCUCAUCGAGUGUCAGUUCUCAGCUCUUGGUCGCAAGAUGAACAUGGAGGAAACGAUCGCUUUUUACAGUUUGCCCAAAGCAACAAACAUUCCCGGAUUGAGGGCCUUGGAGAAAAAAGACAUUUCAUCAGCCUGCAAGCUUUUCAACACUUACUCAAAACAGUUUCAAGUUGGACCGGUUUUCGAGGAGCCUGAGUUUGAGCACUUCUUCUUGCCGAGAAAAGGCAUUAUCUAUUCUUUUGUCGUCGAGAAAUCCGAUGUGGUGACUGAUCUCAUCUCAUUCUACACAGUCAACACCUCCGUUCUUCAACAUCCCAUCCACAAGAAACUUAAUAUUGCCUACUCUUUCUACAACAUAGCCACAUCGGUCUCGUUGCAGGAGUUGAUGGAAGACGCGCUGAUUCUCGCCAAUAUUGAGUCUUUCGAUGUAUUCAAUGCGCUCAACAUGACGCAUCUCGAAGAGAUCUUCCGCCCGCUCAAAUUUGGCAUCGGCGACGGCAAUUUGCACUACUAUUUCUACAAUUGGAAAUGCCCACCCAUGACGCCAAAUCAAGUGGCUCUCACGUUGUUG